CCUCUCUCUUACCCCCUUAGCCACAAUCUACACCUCUUGCUCGCCACAUCGCUUAACAGAACUGAAAAACCCCGUUCUCGAUCUGGUGGUACUUUUGAGCUUCCACGAACCCUAUGGCGGAGGAAGAGGUUGUAGUGGCAGACGUGAGCAUGGGUGCGCCUUCGGAUCACAAGCGGAAGCUCGAGGACUUGGAACCCGAAGCCCCUGAACCCAAUAAGCCAAGCACCGAGCACCUGGCCGAUUUGAAUGAAGACCCCGUUGAUGAUGCACCAGACGAGGAAGCUGAUUUAUCUGGCCCCUCCGACGGGCCCGAGGUGAAGCGGGCCCGCCUCAAUGAAGAGCCCGACGGCUCAGCUAUUGAAAAUGGGUACCAAUGUACGGAAGAUAACAACGAUGGACCUAUCAGAGAGAACAAUGAACAGCCUACGGUGGAGAGUUUGCAGUUGGGGGAUGCUCAACCUCCCACUGAAGAAAUUCCACAAACAGUGGUCGAUGGCAAUGAAGGACUGGUGGAAAAUCCCGAGACUGGUGACUUUGAACAACCAUCUGUCGAGGAUUCUUUGACAGAAACUGCUCAGGAGCCAUCUAAAGAGGAAGGUCAGCAACCUGAAAGUCAGCAACCGUCUUCAGAGGUUUCUCAGCAAGAAGAUGCUUCUCAAACCAUGACGCGCAAAAUGGAGGUGCCUAACAACAAGGUUGGAGUUCUUAUCGGCAAGGCUGGGGAUACUAUACGUUACUUGCAGUACAAUUCGGGAGCGAAAAUCCAGAUCACUAGGGAUUCGGAUGCUGAUCCUUAUUGCGCAACAAGGCCUGUGGAAAUUAUAGGAAGUUUAGAUAAUAUAACCAAGGCUGAGAAGCUUAUAAAUGCUGUCAUUGCAGAGGCUGAUGCAGGGGGUUCUCCUUCCCUUAUAGCCAGGGGUCUCACAACAGCACAGGCUGCUGUAGCCUCUGAACAAAUCGAGAUACAAGUUCCAAAUGAGAAGGUUGGUAUAAUAAUAGGCAAAGGUGGAGAAACCAUUAAAGGCCUGCAGACUAGAACAGGAGCACGCAUCCAGUUGAUACCUCAACACCUUCCAGAAGGAGAUGAAUCUAAAGAAAGGACUGUACGGGUGACUGGUGACAAGAAGCAAAUUGAAAUGGCUAGAGAGUUGAUAAAGGAAGUUAUGAAUCAGAUUUGGCUAUUGCCUUUUCCAUGGGGUCAGCAUUGCUUUCUUGGUGUGGCAAUAGACAACCACUCUUCAUUCCCAUCCACAAAAGAGAGGUAUCAGGCAUUAAAUCUCGCGAUUGCAGGAUGUUAAUAGUUGCCUGCGAGACCUUCAUAUGGUGGAUUUAACCAGCAGGCUUAUCGAUCCCGUGGAUCUGCUGGUCUGCCUCAGUGGGGUCCUAGUGCUGCAGCAUAUGAUUACCAGCAUCGAGGAUCAUAUCCACCUCAUAAUUCACAGUAUCCACCUCCGGCAUACGGGAAUUAUCCUCAACAAAUGAUACCAAGAGGUGGCUAUGGUGCUGGUUGGGAACAACGGCCUCCUAGUAUGCAUGGUCCACCUUCACAUACCGGUGGUUAUGAUUACUAUGGCGGACAAGGAGGUCAUUUCUCUGAUGCUCCGGUAUCUGCCCAACUUUCUACUGUUCCUUCACAUGCCUCUGGCCCUUCCCCUGCAGCUGCAAUGGGUCCAAUCCCAUCCCAUGCAAACUACAAUUAUGGACAUCCACAGGGUCCCGAUUAUGGUCAUUCAGCUCCUUUUUCUCAGGCAGCACCUCACCAGCAUAGCUAUGGGCAUGGAUACGAUGAUCCCAAAUAUGAAAAUCAUGCUCCGCAGCAUCCUUACGGUGGACAUGGAAGUUCUCAGCCAGUUUACCCACAGGCAGGCACUCAACCAGGUUAUGCUGCACAACAGUAUGGGAAACCACAAUCAUAUGGCAUGCCAUCACAGGGUCCUCCACAAUCUUAUGGCCCACCCAGGGCUACACAACCUGGGGACAUGCCUUAUCAAGGUUCUGUUCCUGCCCAAUCAUAUGGCUCAAAUGCACCGCCUCAACAGCCCUAUCCAUAUGGAUCUGGUGCCCAGGUGCAGCAAACAUAUCCUCCGUAUGGUUCUGCACCAGCUGCUGAUGGGUAUAGUCAGCCUCCAGCUGCAUCUGGCCACAUUUAUCCACAGCAAGGAGUGCAGCCAGGUUAUGGUCAAUCUGGUUCACAGCAGGUACCAGGCUAUGCACAAGUUGGUGCUGCUGGGGGUUAUGGACCAUAUGCACCUUCUCAGCAAGGUUAUCCUGAGCAGGCAGCUGCUAACAAUGUAGGCUAUGGUUACCAAGGGCCUCAAGAUCAUGCUGCUUAUAGUGGUGGUCCUGCGGCAGCCUAUAGUGCACCACCAAGCGGGCAGCCGGGCUAUGCCCAACCAGCAUCAACUCAACCUAGUUAUGAUCAGUAUCCACAAUCAGGCGGUUAUGGAGCUGUACCAGCAAGUGCUCCGGCUGCUUAUGGGAAAACAUUGUCGCCUCAGCCUGGUUAUGCUCAGUAUGACUCGACCCAAGCGUAUAGUGCAUCUCGUUGAAGAUUGACGUAGUGUGUCAUUGAGUUUGGAUGGGGAUCUCCAAGUAUUAGCUUUUUAUCUAGGUCUCUGACGGUUGAUGGAAUUUCGGCCCCCUUUUUUUCAGAUGUAAUCAUAAUAUUUAUGUUUGAAAUAUGAACUAACAAAGAAUCUUUAGGAUGGAAUUAACGCAAUUGUUCCCAGAAUAGUAUUCUGUCAAGACUUGCAAGAUCAAAGUAUCUCUUCAGUUAA